GUGUGUGUGUGCAGGCUCGUUGUCUCGCAUAAAGCUCGAACCCUCCGCGGCCCGACUGACUGGCAGUCUAUAACGCGAGGGUGAGAUGUCGAGGUGGUGGAACUGCUGCUGCGUUCAUCGGCCCGUGCAAUCGCCCCACGCCGCCUCCUAUCUAUCUUCGCCGAUCAUACUUACGAGUCCGCGGCGACCGGCGAGUAGUACAGGCGGCAGGCAGCAGCUACUACUGCCGCCGACCAAUCUGCAUUCGGCCUGCAGACGCCGACUCUUUUACAAUCCGUCCGCGGGCAGUGGCUGCACGAAUCGGAGCGGCAGUAACAAAAGCAUUAGCAGCAGCAGCAGGUGCACCGGUCACGUCCGCCCGGCUUCCAAGCUCGCCGUCUCGUCAACGGGCCUCGCGCUUUGCUCGCCUGGUAGCGGCGGCUUCAGACGCACGAGGACCAGGCGAUCGACGACGAGCAGCAGAAUGGACGUGAUCCGCAGAAAGUAUCCCAAUCACACGGAAAUGGCGUAUCGCGAGGCGGUGGCCAAGCUCAAAUAUCUUCUGGCCGAAUCCUACGCCCCGAAAAUGUCGCACUCUAACGCGAUGCUCUCGGGAAAGCGCUACUACAGAGACGAUCAGCAGCAGCAAGACGAGUACUUGGACGACGGGACGGGAGCGGAUGCGCAAAGCCUGACGAGUCUCGUCCCGGCGACCGACGGGCCCGCGUCGAAACGGGCCGACCAGAGCGCCGUGAUGACUCUGCAGCCCGUUCGCGGGGGCGCCAAGUACAACUCGUAUCCGUCGACGAGAUCGCACGCCGUCGUACCAGCGCCGGCCGAGCUGACGUCCUUCAUCGAGAGGCAGGAGGAGUACAUCGAGCAGUUGGAGCGGGAGUCGCACUGCUGUCGGGAGGAGUUGAAGAACCUCGUGGAAAAAGUCAAAGAGGUGAUCGCGGAAAACGAGGCGCUGCAAGACAAGAGCGGCGCGUCGAACAACAAAUCGUCGAGCUUGCAGGUGAAAUCGAUCCUGCUGGACGGCGGUGGCAGUUAUGCCACGAGCAGCAGCUGCCUCGACGAUCAGUUCACGAAGCGCGACGACUUCUCGCCCAAAUUGACCUCGUCGACGUCGGGUCGGCUGGGACAGCAGCUCGAGGGCCCGAGCAUCGUGUUCGAGUCGCGCAUAAGCGAGCUCGAGGCGCAGCUGACGCAGACGCGGCUGGAGCUGCGCAAGGCCCGCGAGGAGAACCAGCGCAACCUCGGCAGGCUGGCCGAGCGGGGCGGCGACGACGCCCAGAUACACCUGGAGCUCGAGCGGGCCCUGAGGGAGCGCCGCGAACUCGACUCCCGGGCGGACGAGCUGCAGCGCGAGCUCGCGAGGAUCAGGGCGCACGAGGUGGAGGUGGAGCAGCGCAGCAGGCGGGCUUUGGAGCUGGCCCAGCAGGCCGAGAUCGACAAGAGCCAGGCCGAGCUCGAGGUCAAACGGCUCAGAGACGAGCUCGAGCGCAGGCAGGACAAGCUUAGGGAGGCCCUCCACGAGACCAAUCGGCGCUGCAUCGAGGAGAAGAAGCUGGCCGAGAGGAAGUUCAGCCAGCAGAUGGAGCAGCUCUCGGCGGACAUGGCCUCGCACUGGGAGGCCGCCAGCAAGUCCCACCUCGAGUCCGAGAAGCAGAGGUGGGACAUCGCCGAGCUCAAGAAGCAGCUGAUACAGAAGGCUGCCCUCGUCGACGAGCUCAAAGCCGACUUUUUCAACAAAACCGCCAAAGUGCAGGAGGAGCUCGGACAGGUUCUCGCCGAGAAGGACGCCGCCCUGGAGGAGCUGUCGGCCGCGCAGCUGCGGGCCGAGCGCAGCGAGAGGCAGGCCAAGCAGGAGCAGGCGCGCAUGCAGGGCGAGCUCAACUCGUACAAGGGCCGUUUGGAGCGUGCCGACGCGGAUCUCGUGCACGCGCGCCGCGAAAAUCUCCGACUGACCGAGGAGAUAGCCGCCCUCGAGAAAGAAAUCAACAUGAGUAAGUUGAUGGGCGAGACUCGGGUGGGCGCUGGCCAGCCCCUGAAGGCUGUCGUCGACAAGCCCGCCAGCAAGAACGGCGACAAGGACAAGGAGUUGGCUUCCUUGAUACUCGAUCUCGAGAGCAAACAGGCUAAAACGGUCGCCACACUCGAAGACUCGUUGAGCAAACAGGCAUCGCUCGUCACGCGACUGACUGCCGAAUGCCAAUCUCUCACACAGCGCUUGGAAGCUAACGACCAGAAACACAAGAAAGAAAUGGCCGAUCUUCAAAGCAACAUAAAAUAUUUAUCGAAUAAAAUGAAGGAGUCGUUAGAGAUCGAGGAUUGCACAACAGAAGAACAUCACAAGCACAGCCGGCCGAGCAACGUAUUCAGCAAGGAGAAAACUCCGCCGUCGGGUUUAUAUAGCAUCGAGGAGGACGAUGGCGACGGCGUCGACGACAACUACGACGACGAUCGGGACGACGCGAACGAUCCCGGCGACAACGACCAGGACCUCGAUCAAGCAUCGGAACUGGACUUGCGACAGCAGCAUCAAUUUUCCGCCCCGACUACGCUGGAGGACACGUCCAAGGACGUGAUCAGCAACGACGACGACGACCCGUACGCCAUACACAGCGACGACGUCGCCCUCGAGGACGAGAACAUACCUCUGGAUUACGUGGCGCAGCCCGAGGCCUACGGCGACGAGUACGCCGUCAAUCAGCAGCACUACGAUCCGCAGCAGUACGAGCAGUACGCCGACUACGAUCCCGCCCAGUAUCCGGACUAUUACGCCCAAGCCGAUUACGAUCAGCAGCAGCAGCAGCAGGUCGCGGGACAGCAGGAGCAGCACUACGGCGUGGACGGCUACGAUCCGGACGGUUCGGCGUCGGCGACGACUUACGACGAGCAGAGUUACGAAGCUGCAGCCGCUUAUUCGGCCGCUAAUGACAAAUGAAAAAGUUGUAUACUUGUUGGUCGAGCGCGUUAACGACCGUUGAUUCCACCUUUUCUUGCGUUAUAUUCCUCGUGUUUGCAAAAAGUUAUAUUUGCCAUA